CGUCGCUCAGGAGUGCGCGGGUAACUUACAAAUUGUCAACAGCGCCAUUGUUUUGCUAACGCUAACUGUUGGUUAGCAGUUGAAGAAAUUCGUUCGUUCGCCUUUUUUCAUAUCGAUAUAUAGUUAUUCCGAAAUAUUUGUUACAAAGCGGAUUCACAUUAAUGCAUUCGGCUGGUAACCGAAAAAGAAGUUAUUGGAAAAGGAAUGAAUGCUAACGUUGGCUAACUGUUAACUUGGGCAUCGCUGACGGUAACAGUAGUGUUAUUGUGGAAAGACAACGAGCUAACCCAAAUGGAGACAAAAUAUCCUACCUUGAGGAGACCCAACAGGAAGCUGUGCUACCUGGCAAACAAGGAAAACCAAUAUACCAAAUGGCCAGCACCGCUGACGUUGGAGGAUGUGGACAAAAUCUUCGAUGACAUUGAUUCAUCCUCAAAUGAUGAUCUUCUUUCAACAUCUCCUCUGCUCCAAACUUUUGAUGCUGAGACAAAUGAGAAUACGGGAGUAGCUUCUCCAGUCCCACACGAGGGACACAUAGUGGAAGAAGUUGUAGAAUACCCCAUGGGUCCUGAAGAAGUCCUUCAUCUUGCAAAACGAUCAUCCACUCCUAAAUUGGACACUGAUUGUGACAUACCAUUUAAAGCACAUGGGCCAGUAAAGACAUCCAGCCCUAUUGAACAGAAUAUGGGCACCAAAGGUGAAGAAGAAAAGCAGGAUGAUGAAAAACACGAAGUUGUGUCUGCAGUUCUCUUUCCCUGUGAAGAUGAGGGAGAAGAAGAAGUUAAAACAAAGCCUCUACCCAUCCAGAAACCCCAGGGCAAUGGACAUAUCACAGAGGAGUAUGAUGACACUGAAUUGGAGUCUCCUCCAAGCAAGGUUGCUUUCACCAAGACAUCUAAUAAAAGCAAGGCAGAAACAUGCAACGAACGCCCUGCAGCCAAAGAAAAAACACCCGUGAAACCUCGAACACCUGUUUUGAAAAGCAAAAGAAAAAUGCAGAGCAGGCAAGAUAACGCAGGGCCAGCUGUUCUGACAGUAGAACAGGAGUCUGAAGUUGCAGCUCUUGAAAAAAACCCCAAAACUGUUCACAAGCAGUCAGUCGUGGAGGUUUCCACACGUGUGGGCAAAGACAUGACUGCUUUUCUGCAGAGGGUUAAAGAUGCUGGACGGUCAAAAGCUUCAUGUUCUAAGAAGUCUCCAGCUAAAGCACUCACUCCUCCUCCUGAGCCAGAGGAUGAUUUUUUGAUUAUGGAGGAUGAUACACCUCUUUGGGUUGCUAUUCCACGUAAAAAUGCUGCCAGUAAGAGACACGGGCACAGCAGGACCUCCAGCACAGAGAAAGACAGCUCAACAGACAAAACAAAGAAAGAUAGCUCACCAGAGACGUUGCAAAAGCUGCAGGAAUCGGAAAAGGCGAACGACAAACUAGGAAGUCAGACCGUUAAUCAAAAAAGGAGGAAGAAUAUAAGGAAAGAGAAGAACAGUGAAGAGACUGAACCUGGAAAUGAUGAGGGUGAUUUGCCCAGUCCUCAGGAUCUUCCUGCAGCCGACUUGAUGGAACAAGAGGAACCAAACAAAAAGAAACAACAACCCACGAAAGUUCCAUCGAAAGACAGUGAAAAGGCAGUGGAUCAGCCUAAAGACGCAGCCAGCAGGGAAAUAGAAAAAGAAAAGCCUUCCCAGAAAGUGAAAACAAAACAAACGUCUUCUGAAGUGAAGAACACAAAGUCUUCAAAAGAUGGUAAACAAAAUACCAAGACAAACAGGGCUAAGUCAUUAAAGGGGACCAGAAAAGAGCGACAGGAUUCUGUUGAUGCACAGGAAAUGAUGCAGGUUGAUGUUGCUGAGGAACAAAAUCAGGAGCAGAACAGAAUGGAUCAUGCAGAGAUUGAAGAUCUGGGUUCUCCUAUAGACAAAGAAAUCCUGACAUCUGAAGCAGAUGGAAAGAGUAAACAAACCAAACAGCCGGUUGUGUCUACAGAGAGCUCCUCUGAAGACAGUCAGGUUCUUGGGAAAAGGAAAAGAAGGCAGAUGGGACAGUGGUGGCUGAGUUGCCCUCAGACAACAGAUGAGACAGAGAACCAGCAGCCUACGCUCAAGAAGACUAAACAGAAUAAGAAAGAGCCCAACUCAGUUGUACCUUCACCUGUAAAGGUCAAGAAGGUUUAUAAAAAAAGAAAUCAGAAAGAGCCUGCGCCGUUGUCCAGUCCGAACAUGAAUAAAGCUAAAGAAAAGAAAACCAAACAGAACAAAAAAAGAAAUGCAAGAGUAGACAAGCCAGAUAAGAAAACAAGAGCUGAAGUAUUGAGCACGACUGAGGCAGAGCAGACUGAAGAACAGGAGCAGCAGGAGCUUCCUGAUCAAGACCUGGAUCCGGAGCUGUCCAGCCCUCUGGUCUUUGCUCACAGAGACCACAGCCUUAACUCAGGAGAUCAGUCAUUUCAGAGAGUAUAUCAUCACACCCCUAAUAAAAAGCUAUACGUCACACCACCAGCACCAGUUUCUCCAAGUCGAUCGAAGGAUCAGCUCAGAGAAGCAGAACCGACGAAACGUAGGAGGAAACCACCUGGUAAUUGGUGGAUGGCUGACGUCACGGCUGAAGAUGUGGAGAGCGUCUCAGCAUCACAGCCUCAGCAGCUUCAUCCCAAGCAGCUCAAACCUCGCAAGGAAAGAAAAAAAGAGUCUAAGGCGAGCAAAUAUCCUGGACUUGGUGUUCCCAAAGAUGGCAAUACGGUAGCCUCACCAAAACCACUGGGUGGAGCUGCUGUGCCUCCUCUGAAUACGACGCCACUUUCGGCUCCGAAGACUGUCACACGCUCUCUGGCAACAUUUAAGGACAUUUUCACUUCAGUGACAGAGACUCCGACUGUGGUCAGCAACAGAAAUGCACGUCAGAAGAACAAACGUAAUGUCAGUUCACAUCCUGGCGGGGACGCCUCUGCUACUGACGAUACGCCACACAGAACCACUGAUACAGAUGCACUCGAUACUGAUGCUGACGAUGGCAGAAGAUCCCAACGCAGCCGCCACAACGAUGAGAACCCACAAAGUAGAGCGUGUCAGCCAGACAACACGUUGAAAGUCCUCAGCAGUGGGCCAUCCUCCAGGAUUGAGCUGGAACAGUAUGAAGAGAAUGACGACAUGAGAAGUCCUAUUGACAGAAGAGAUCUCUUUUACAAGGGAGACCUGGCUACAGACGCUGAGGCGCUGCAGCAGGAGGUGAUUGGCCUGAGGCAGAGGUGUACACGUCUAAAAGAGGAAAACAAAGAUCACAAAGCAAAACUUCAGCUUUAUGAACCUGUAGCAAAAGACGGAGCUUCGCCGUCGUCCAGAGUCCAGGCUGUUCUCUCUGUAUCAGAUCUCUGUGGUCCUCCUCUCAAACCUCUAGUGUUACAGAGGAAGGAUAAGGCCAACCUUACUGAGUGGUUUAAGAGUCUCUGGUCCACCGUUGCUGACAACAGUGCUGACAUCACUCCAGACCUGUUUGACUGGUACUUCUAUCAGGACAGAGUUAUCGGCUUCCAGGCAGACCUGAACAGUGGUUCCAUCUGCAAUGGAAAGAUCCUGCUGGGCUCCCACGCCAAGAAGCCUCUCUGGGUCGAUCACAGCGCUACAACAGUCUUUAACUUAUUAACAAGUUCUGUGAAUGUGAUCAUUGAUGGCAGUGAGUCCCACCUCAGCCCAGGACAAUCCUUUAUGGUGGAGUGUGGACAUGCCUACAGUAUCCAAAAUGCAACAGCUCAGCCUGCAGUGCUGUACUUCACCCAGAUAUUAGCAGAGAGUUUAGUCUGAAAGAGUAAUGAUUUAAAUGGUCUUACUUUCACUAUUCAAAUAUAGAAUGUAAAUAGAAAAUGGGUUGUAAUUUUGCAACAAAAUGUUUUUGAUCCUAAGCUAUGCUGCAGAUUUAUAAGAUUCGUGGAAAUAAAAUGUCCUGCUGUGUUAUUUUCAUUGAA